CAGUAUUUUCUUGUGAUUCUACCAAAAUGGUUUACACAAGAUGAAAUAAAAACAAUAGCGAUUCGCAAGAAUAAGUGGAUUAUUUUAAAAGACCAAAGUGUAGAACGUGUAGUUCAAAAUAUUCCUUACUAUAUUGAAGACUUACUUUUUUUGAUUAAACACCUUCACAACACAAGUCACAGCACCGCAAAAUGUUGAUAUAAAUUUAGAACAUUCCCUCACAAAUCACCAACGGAGAUAAACAUGAACAAAGUGUGGUUUUAUUAUUAUUUAAGAUAAGAUUAGUCAGUCGAAUCCACAGCGCGACAUUAUAAAGGUUGUUUGAUUUUUAUAUCGAUAAACAAUGAAUAAAUUCAUUUAUGGCCACUCGUAGUUAAUGAAAAUUUCUGAAAUAUGGUGGACGUGAGUGUUUCUGCCGACCCGAUCGUGCUGUCAACUGACGAUCCUGAAAGACGAGAUUGUGAACUCUGUGGUAUAAAAUAUAUUCACAUAAAUGACGUGGAGAAACAUAUCAACAGUAGAAAGCAUAAACUCAACCAAAGGAAAUUAACUGAGCCGGAGGCCCAGAACAGAUACAACUGUAAGGACUGCAACAAGACCUUGACCAGUGAAGAAUUCUUGCGAAGACAUGUUGAGAGUAAAUCUCACAAGAAAGAAGUUGAAAAACAUUUACCCAAAAUCGAAGAAUAUAAGGAGAAAACUCAAUCAAUAUGGAUGCAAAAAUGGCAGCUACGGUCAAUGUCAAUUAUUGACUCUACUAUGUCUCCUUCCAAACUUGACGAGGCGACCGUUACAAUAAAUGAAGCAGAGGAAGAAACAUUUGAUAGAAAGAAAUAUAAAGUUCGCAGUGACAACUUGGCGUUCGACAGACUUGAACCAUACGUAUAUUCCUUGGUGUCAUACUUGAGUAUAAGGUUAGCGUUAGACCCAAAUACAACAGAUUUCAACAUAUCAGUCAACAACAGAAACUGGCCCACAUUUGGAGACAUAAUAGUAGAACAAACUUUUAGUGAUAAAUUUGUGACUUAUGCUAUCAGAUGUAAAAAUAUAUCCGAAACACCCCAAACUAUCGAUAAUUUAAAGGAUGCAAAAAUAUUUCUGGAAAAAGAGUAUACUUAUGUUACUCAACACAAAAAUUAUUCAUCGACAACCUUCUUGAUAUUUACGACAUGCAAUACAAGCUCGAAAUUUCCAGAACAAAUAGAAAUUAAACCAGAAUUGAUUAAACAUUUCAUAAAACCUUCGGAGGAGACACCCCCACCUAUAAAAGUAAAAAUAUUUCCAAUGACAAAGAAAAAUUACAUCUUGAAUGUGUCUACUGAUAACGACAACGUGUUUUUAAUGUCGCCUGAACACAGCAGCGGCCUACCUCCAAUAUAUCUUUAUACUAAUCAAAGGUCAUAUCCGCAUUCAAUUAAUGAUUUAAUUAAAAAGCUGUUCCCCAAUUUAAAACCUGAGUUUGCUAGACAAUACAAAAAUUAUAUUGAAAACUGGGCUGAAGGUAAACUAGGAGGAAAUUACAUGUUAUCCAAAAAAGAUGUUAUCUUGAAAAUUGGUGAACUACUGCUUAGUCCAUACACUAUUUUGCCAAAGCUGGUCAACUUCAAAUCUGGUAACUUUGACAUUUGGAACAAGGUUAUUAAUAACACUGACGUGGUUAUUAUAAAAAAUGAACCGUUUAUUUUAAGCAAACUCUGUGAGCCUUUUAACCAGCUAAUCGAGAACUCUUUAUCAACCGUAGAAGAAAAAUUUAAAAUAGAUCCUCUAACAAAAAUUGUAACUAUGUCUGACACAGCUUUCAACAAAAUAUCUGAUCACCAAAUUAAAGCUUAUCUUUUGGAAGAAGGUUUUUGCAGAGAUUUUCAUCUUACAAUAUUGUAUAAAGUGUUUUGGAAAGCAGGGAAAAUAUCACUUUUAAUUUCACUUGAAGAUAACGAAGAUUGUAAAGACUAUAUUUUAGAUGUUAUUUCUUAUAUGAAGCAGGAAGGUGUAAGGAAAAAAUUUAUGUUAAAAACGGAGACUCCUUUUGAAUUUACAUCAAUUCCAAAAAACCUAAAAGUUUUUUCAUGUCUCAACGAUGUCAAAGAACUAGUUAAUUUAGAUCUUUUAAAAAUCUGGGUGGAUAGAAAAUACAGUCUAUCUGCAAAAGAUAUUUGUAAAACAGAUCCAUUCUUUCUAAAAUGGGUGACACCCAGUGCCUUUUUCGAUAUGAUUAUGGAAAGGAUUACUAUGAUCAAAGAGGAGGGUACAAAAAUGGAUGUGCAGACUGAUUUUAAGAUUAUUUUAGAUGACACUGACAGAAACAAGAUAAAGAGUUCUCUUUAUGGUGCAGAGUCGAUUCCAGAGAGUUGGGAUAGAUUGGCAGGAAUUGAUCCGGUAUUAUUUUAGACUUGUCAAAAUACUUUUUGGUAUUUUUUUUAUAUUUUAAUAUACAUACUAUUUUACCUAA